AUGGCCGCCGACGAUACCAAGAGCAAGAAGCGCAAGGGCGCAUCAGAGGCAGCGCCCAAGGCGAAGAAGGCUAGAAAAUCCGACGAUGUUGCUGCCGUUGUGGCCGAUGCCAAGCCGACAAGGAAAUCAGCGCGCAAACAAGCCGCUGACUUUAUGGAAAUUGACGACGUCGUGGAGGAAGAGGCGCCCGUUGCCGAAGCUGUGAAGCCGAAAAAGGGCAAGAAGAGCAAAGCCGCCACAAAGGUCGAUGAGGUGGCUGCUGAGCCUGUCGCUGAGGCGGUCGAGGUCACCGAGGUGCAAGAGAAGCCCAAGAAGCAGGGAAAGAAGGCCAAGGCCGCUGUCACAGAGGAGACAGUCGUCGUGGAAGCGCCCAAGGAAAAGGUGAAGAAGACCAAGAAGACCAAGACGGCUGAUGCUGCACCUGCCGAGGAAACUACCACUGUCGUAAAAGAGACCAUCACCGUCACAAAGCCAAAGAAGGCCAAGGCAGCCAAGAAGCAGGAGGCGCCUGAGCCCGAAGUCCAAGUCACUGAGGUUGCAGUAGUCGAAGACGCUGCUGAAGAUGCUGAGGGUGCUGAGGACGCCGAGGACGCUGAGGACGCUGCUGAGGACGACCAAACAGCUGCCCUACUUGCUGGCUUCAGCGACGACGAUACGGAUGCGGACGACGACCUCAACUUCGACGAGGAUGCAAAGGUCCCCAAGCUCAGCGCGAAGCAGCGGAAAGCAAUCAAGGAGGCAGAGAACGCCCCCAAGUCCAACCAGCCGGGUGUCAUCUAUGUUGGUCGUGUACCCCGCGGUUUCUUCGAAUCACAGAUGAAGAAGUACUUCUCCCAGUUCGGCAAGGUCAACAAGCUACGUCUGUCGCGCAACAAGAAGACGGGCGCCUCCAAGCACUACGCUUUCGUCGAGUUCCAAUCCCAAGAAGUCGCUGACAUUGUCGCGCGAACCAUGAACAACUACCUGCUGUUCGGCCACAUCCUCAAGGUCCACCUGAUCCCCACCGAUCAAGUACACCCCGAUCUCUUCAAGGGUGGAAAAGACCGGUUCAAGGUCGACCCUCGUAACAAGAAGGCUGGUCUGGAGAUGGAACGUGGCGCUGAGCGGGCUCAAUGGGAAAAGCGCGUUGAGACGGAGAACAAGAGGCGGACUAGCAAGGCAAAGGAGCUUAAGGAGACCUUUGACUACGAGUUCGAGGCGCCUGCACUCAAGACCGUUGACAGCGUUCCAAAGCAAACUACGCUCAAGGCCGCAGAGCCCCAACAGCUCCUCACCGAGACACUAGCGGAAGAAGCUCCCGUCGCUGAGGCCCCCAAGGGAAAGAAGGGAAAGAAGGCCGCAAAGGCUGGCGUUGAAUCAACCGAGACCCUCACAGUCACAGAGGCCGUCUCACCCGCACCAGCCAAAAAGGGCAAGAAGGCCACAAAGGCAAAGGCAGCCGAGGAGCCCACUGUCGCAGUCGAGCAAGUCACCGUAGUGACUGAACCCAUCGCAGACAAGAAGACCAAAAAAGACAAGAAGCGCAAGUCGGACGUUGCCCUUGACACCCCCGCUGCCACCGUCACCGAAGAGGAGGAGCCUGCCGCCGUCGCAGAACCCGCACGCAAGAGCAAGAGAACCAAGAAGGAAAUACUCCCCACGCCCGAACUCAUCGCCGAAGAAGAAGAAGAAGAAGACAACGUCGUCGAAGACAAGAAGAAGAAGACAAAGGCCGUCGCAAAGCCUAAGAAAGCCAAAAAGGCAAAGGCGUAA